AUGUUGCGGGCUCUCGAGUACGGUCUAGAGAACCUCUCCGACAUGGCUGUCUUCGCAUAUCGCUCUCCUCUGCAAGAGGAAGGUAACUUGGUCCUAGCUAUUGAAGGCACGCCCAUCAUCUUUUGGAAGGAAGGACAUAGGGGACGCCUGCCCGCCGUCCGGGACCAGGGCGGACGCCUGCCCGCCCGUCCCAGGACCCGCGACGGGCCACGCCGCCCGUCCCGGGACCACCGGGGCGGACGUCCGCCCGCUGUCCCGGGACCCGCGGUAGGCCCACACCCGCCCUUCCCGGUACCAGGGGCGGAUGCCUGCCCGCCCGUCCCGGGACCCGCGGCGGGCCACACGCCCGCCUGUCCGGACCAGGGGCAGACGCCUGCCCACCCGUCCCGUGACCAGGGUCGGACGCCUGCCCGCCCGUCCCGGGACCAGGGGCGGACGCCUGCCCGCCCGUGGACGGGGACCAGGGGCAGACGCCCUGCCCGCCCGUCCCGGGACCAGGGGCGGAACUCCUGCCCUCCCGUCCCGGGACCAGGGGCGGACACCUCCCAGCCUGUCCCGGGACCCGCGGCGGGCCUAGCCCGCCCGCCCGUCCGGGGACCAGGGGCGGACGCCCGCCCGCCCGUCCCGGGACCUGCGGCGGGCCACGCCCGCCCCGUCCCCGGGACAGGGGCGGACGCCUGCCCGCCCGUCAGGGGACCUGCUGCGGGCCACGCCCCCCGCCCGCCCGUCCCGCCGGGGACCAGUGCGGAAAGCCUCCGCCCGCCCGUCCCGGGAACCGCAGCCCGGGCCCGCCCGCACCAAUCCCGGGACCAGUGGCAAACGCCUGCCCACCCAUCCCCGGGACCAGUGGCGGAUGCCUGGCCCGCCCGUCACAGGACCAACAGUGGGUCCGCUAACCGUCACAGGUCCCAUCCCGGGACCCACGGCGGUGUCCACCAUGUGUCCAGGAAGACCAGGCCCCGGGCCCAACAGGGGUCCAAGGACUGGCCGGCGAUGUCUGCCAUGGAUCCAAAAAAAAAAAAAAGACGGGCAAGUGGUGUCUACAAGAGUCCGUGGACGGGCAGACACCAGGCAGGAGGAUUCCUCCACACGUCCUGGGACGGGCGGGCAGGGCAGGGCCACGGGACCCAGAACGGCCAGGCAAACACCAGCCGCACGUCCCGAGACACCACGAAGCUGAGGGCGACACGCCCGUCCCCGGGAACGGUGGCGGAUGCCUGCCCGUCCAGGGAUCCGCGGUGGUGGCCACUACCCGCCCCCAUACCGGGACAAGUGGCAGACGCCUGCCCGCCCGUCCCCCGGGACAAGCAGCGGUCCCGGCCCACCCGUCCCGGGAGGACCAGGGGCAGACGCCGGCCUGCCCGCCCGUCCCGGGACCAGGGGCGGACGCUGCCGCCCGUCCCGGGACCAGGGGCGGGACGCCUGCUCGACCGUCCCAUGACCCGCGGCGGGCCACGCCCGCCCGUCCCAGGGACCAGGGGCGGACGCCUGCCCGCCUAUCCCGGGACCCGCGGCGGGCCACGCCCGCCCUUCCCGGUACCAGGGGUGGACGCAUCUGCCCGCCGCGGGACCCGCGUGCCCGGGCACCCGCGGCUGGGCACGCCUGCCUGUCCCGGGAACCAGGGGCGGACGCCUGGGCGGACGCCUGCCCGCCUAUCCCGGGACCCGCGGCGGGCCACGCCCGCCCUUCCGGUACCAGGGGCGGACGCCUGCCCACCGCCCGUCCCGGGACCCCCGCGGCGGGCAACGCCCGCCUGUAACCCGGGGAACGGGGCCGGGGCGACGCCUGCAAACCCGUCCCGCGGGACCCAGGGGGGCCGCCCGCCCUGCCCAGCCCGUCCCGACCAGGGGCGGAGGGGCGACGACCUGCCCAAGCCCACCGUACCGGGACCGGGGCGGACUACUGCCCGCCCGUCCCUGGGACCCGCGGCGGGCCUAGCCCGCCCGUCCGGGGACCAGGGCGGACGCCCUGCCACGCCUGGGGCAGGACGCCUGCCGCCCCGGGGAAUCCCGCGCCAGGCCACGCCCUUCCCCCGCCCUUCCCAGGACCAGGGGAGGACGCCUGCCCCGCCCGCCCUUUUCCCGGGACCAGGGGCGGACGCCUGCCCGCCCGUCCCGGGACCAGGGGCGGACGCCUGCCCGCCCGUCCCGGGACCAGGGGCGGACGCCUGCCCUGCCCGGACGGACGCCUGCCCGCCCGUCCCGGGACCAGGGGCGGACGCCUGCCCGCCGUCCCGGGACCAGGGUGCGGACGGCCUGCCCGCCCGUCCCGGGACCAGGGGCGGACGCCUGCCCGCCCCUCCCAGGGACCAGAGGCUGACGCCUGCCCGCUCCGUCCCUACCAGGGGCGGACUGCCUGCCCGCCCCGUCCCGGGACCAGGGGCGGGACGCCUGCCCUCCGCCCGUCCCGAGACCAGGGUGCGGACGCCUGCCGCCCCCGUCCCGGGACCAGGGGCGGACGCCUGCCCGCCCGUCCGGGACCCCGCGGUGGGCCGGGCCCCGCCCGGCCGUCCCGGGGACCAGGGGCGGACCCCUGCCCCCGCCACGUCCGGGACCAGGGGGCGGACGCCUGCCCGCCCCUGUCCCGGGACCAGGGGCGGACGCCUGCCCGCCCGUCCCGGGACCAGGGGCGGACGCCUGCCCGCCCGUCCCGGGACCAGGGGCGGACGCUGCCCAGCCCCGUCCGUCCCGGGACCAGGGGCGGACGCCUGCCCGCCCGUCCCGGGACCAGGGGCGGACGCCUGCCCGCCCCGGGCAGACGCCUGCCCGCCCGUCCCGGGACCAAGGGCGGACGCCUGCCCGCCCGUCCGGGCCCCGCCCCGGUGGGCCACGCAGCCCGUCCUGGGACCAGGGGUGGACCCCUGCCCGCACGUCCCGGGACCCCAGGGCGGACGCCUGCCCGCCCGUCCCGGGACCCGCGGCGGGCCACGCCUGCCCGUCCCGGGACCUGCAGCGGGCCACGCCAGCCCGUCCCGGGACCAGGGGCGGUGCCUGCCCGCCCAUCCCAGAGACCAGGGGCGGACGCCUGCCCGCCCGUCCCGGGACCAGGGGCAGACGCCUGCCCGCCUGUCCCGGGAUGGGGCCAGGGCGGGGACGCCAUCCCCGACCCUCCCAGGACCCGCGGCGGGCCACGCUUGCCCGUCCCGGACCAGGGGCGGACGCCUACCUUGCCAAGUCCCGGACCCGCGGCGGGCCACGCCCGCCCGUCCCGGGACCAGGGGCAGAUGCCUGCCGUCCCGGGGACCAGGGGCAGAUGCCUGCCCGCCCGUCCCGGGACCCAUCGGCGGGCCACGCCCGCCCGUCCCGGGGGACCAGGGGCAGACGCCUGCCCGACCCGUCCUGGGACCAGGGGCAGAUGCCUGCCCGCCCCCGUCCCGGGACCCGCGGCGGGCCAGCUGCCCAGCCCGUCCCGGGACCAGGGGCGGACGCCUGCCCGCCCAUCCCGGGACCCGCGCGCGGCCACACCCGCCCGUCCCGGGACCAGGGGCGGACGCCUGCCCGCCCGUCCCGGGACCAGCGGCGGGCCACGCCCGCCCGUCCCCGGACCAGUGGCGGACACCUGCCCGCCCGUCCCGGGACCAGUGGCGAGCCUAG